AUGGCAGAGUUUGCACUCUACAAAGCAGUUUGUAAACAUUUGAGUAUCAGCAUUGGCCGAUUUUUCGUUAUUUUUUCCAUGCUGUCCACGGGUAUGUUUAUAUCAAGUACUGCCUUUCUGCCCUCUUCCUUUGCUAUGACCAUGAACAUGUACGCUAUGGCAGCGUUUUUAAAUGCAAAAUGGUUCUACGCGAUUUUCUGUACAGCUGUCUCGGCACUUGUUGGUUGGCCUUUUGCUGCCGCACUUGGUCUUCCAAUCGUCCUAGAAAUGCUGGUUAUUCGACCGAAUACAAAGAUGUUCUUGUAUUAUGCUGCCGUGUCCGGCUUUGUCGUUUGUGGUUCUCUUCUAGCGGUCGAUUCUUACUACUAUGGUAAACGAGUUCUGGCUCCACUCAACAUCGUUCUUUACAAUGUGUUUUCUGAACAUGGACCAGAUCUUUAUGGUGUCGAGCCUCUAUCGUAUUACCUGAAGAACCUGGUCUUAAACUGGAAUAUAGCAGUAUUACUAGUUCCACUUGCGAUUCCAUUUUCGGCUUUGAAUUACCUCUUCUCAUGGAAAGCAGCUAAAGAACACAAAAAAUGGGGAAUCCGUGAGUUCCUUUCUGAAGGAUUCGUUUCAGUUCAUCCUUCAUACUGGCGACAUUAUUCAUCUCUUUUUCUGCUAUUCGCAUCGCUUUCGGUGUGGUGUAUGAUUUUCUUCAACCAACCCCAUAAAGAGGAGAGAUUCCUUUUCCCAAUUUAUCCGUUAAUAGCUCUAUUCGCUGCGAUAUCUUUGGAUUCCGCUGAAAGAUUGGUAUCCCGCCUUUUUCCUUCAUUUUCCAUACUUUCCUGGGUGGUAGUACUGUGUUUCAUCCUCGCGUCAAUGUCGAGGACUUAUGCACUUCACAGAAACUUCAGCGCUCAUAUCGAGGAUCCAUUACGCGUGUGUGUAGGGAAGGAGUGGCACAGAUUUCCUUCAUCAUUUUUCCUCCCCGAAAUGCGCGAGUUUGAUCAGCGCGCUCACCGGAAACGCGGAGUACAUCUCCAUUUCUUGAAAAGCGAGUUCGCCGGCCUUCUUCCAAAGUAUUAUCCGCAAGGCCGACUGCCUUUCAUUACACGCCGCAUUCCUACUGAAAUGAAUGAUAUGAACCAAGAAGAGCCGUCCAGACCGACGUUUUCCGACGUUUGUAUUCGCAUCCAUUUUUGA